UAUUAGAACUUUCUCUAUCGGAUAGGAUUUCUUAGUAAAGUUGGAGGAUGGCAUCUUUCAAACAGCAGAGGGCAAUGGAGGUCUGCAAUUACCGUAAGUGACAUUAACAGCUCCGAAAUGUGGAUAAGGGUUGGUGAGGAUUAUGAAGAGGGAGAUAGAAGAGCCAGACAAAGAGAGAAACAGCUGCAGAGACGAGGAGUGCAAGGCCUGCUUCAGGGGAAGAAGACAAACAAGCCUGCGUGCUUUGUUUGUCUAAAUCUGAAGUCCAACCACAGUGGAUUUGAGGAAGAAGGCCAAGAUGGAGCUCUUGCAGACUUGGGGCUUUGUUUCCUGCUUCCUCUUGGCCUGCACUGAGGCAGUUUCCAUGUACGGGGAAAUCCUGUCUCCAAACUAUCCUCAGGCAUAUCCCAACAAUGCUCUGGAAUCCUGGGAAAUCAGUGUGCCUCCUGGUUACGGCAUCCAUCUUUACUUCACCCACCUGGAUAUAGAGCCGUCUCAAAACUGCCAAUAUGACUCCGUGAAGGUCCUGACUGGUAACCACAUUGAGGGUCAGUUCUGUGGGCGGAAGAAGAGCCGCACUCCUGGCUCUCCUGUCCUGGAAGAAUUCCAUGUCCCAUAUAACACGUUGACAGUCACCUUUCAGUCUGACUUUUCCAAUGAAGAGCGAUUCACUGGCUUCGCUGCCUAUUACAUUGCAGAGGAUGUGGAUGAAUGCACGGAUUUUGUGGAAGAGGCCUGCAGCCAUUACUGCAACAACUAUGUUGGUGGCUACUAUUGCUCUUGCCCACCUGAAUAUUUCUUGCAUGAGGAUCUGAAGACAUGUGGAGUGAACUGCACUGGGAAUGUGUACACUGACCUGUCCGGGGAGAUCACCAGCCCCAACUACCCCAGCCUGUACCCUGAGAACUCGCACUGCGAUUACCGUGUCACCCUGGAGCCAGGAUACCGUGUGGUCUUGACCAUUGGCAAGAAAGACUUCGACAUCGAGCCGGCUGACUCGGAAGGAAACUGCGCUGAUGCCUUGAGAUUUUCGGCAGGCGACCAGCAAUUUGGCCCCUACUGUGGCAACACAUUCCCUGGCCCUCCAGAAAUCAAGACUAGAAGCAAUAUACUUGACAUUUUCUUCCAAACGGACCACUCAGAGCAAGGCAGAGGCUGGAAAAUCCGUUACUUUGGGGAUCCAAUGCCCUGCAAAGAAACUGUCAUUCCGCUUUCCAAUAUGGAACCCGUGAGAGAACGUUACGUCUUUAAGGAUUCUGUGAAGGUGACCUGUGUUGAAGGCUAUGAAAUUGUACUGUCAACAGGCAGCCUCACAUCCUUCUACUCUGUCUGUCAAAGCAACGGCGAGUGGAGCAACUCUGACCUCGAAUGUGUCCCCGUAAAUUGUGGUGAGCCUGAGCACCUUGCAAAUGGGAAAGUCACUUACCUAUCAGGAACCGAGGACAACACGGAGUAUCAAGACACUAUCAGCUAUUCAUGCAACGAGAAGUUUUAUACAAUGCAGGGCAAAGGACUUUAUAGGUGUUCAGCCAGUGGGAAAUGGGUGGAUGAAGACGAGAAAACAGAGAUUCCGGUUUGUGUCCCAGUUUGCGGAGUUCCCUCUCGGCCCGUUAAAGGGACAGCGAAGAUUUUUGGAGGCGACACAGCCGAAAAAGGAAACUUCCCUUGGCAAAUCUAUUUCGAAAACCCACAAGCUGGCGGGGCUCUGAUUUCGGACCGCUGGGUUCUCACCGCAGCUCAUGUGCUGGAGCAGACCCGGUGCCCAGUCAUCCACGCAGGGAUGUUUCGCGUUGGGCGAAAGGCCAUGGAAGGCGCCAGGCCACUGGAAGUGGAAGCCACGUUCAUCCAUCCCGACUGGUUGGAAAUGUCAAACAGCCGGUCCCGGACAAACUUCGACAAUGACAUUGCUCUAGUGAAGUUGGCAAAACCAUUGACAAUGAAUGACGACAUCUCACCCAUUUGCUUGCCCGGUGCAUCAUCCGACUACGACUUGCCGGUGGGGAUACUGGGCUACAUAUCUGGCUGGGGCAGGACGGAGAAUACGCUUGCGGCGAGAAUACUUAGGUACGCCCGGAUCCCUGUGGUAAACAUGGACAGGUGCCGAAGCGUGAGGCCAGAUCCCCCGGCAGAUUCUUUGACCUAUGUGUUCACAGACAAUAUGAUUUGUGGGGGGAGCAACGGGAAGGACAGCUGCCAGGGAGACAGCGGCGGGGCGUAUGCUGUUAAAUAUCCCCACGACGAUUUGCACUACUAUGUUGCUGGCCUGGUUUCUUGGGGGCCAAAGUGCGGCACCUACGGCCUCUACACUAAGGUGUCAAAUUACAUGGAUUGGAUCGCAAACGUCAUGAGCCAGGAUGAGACCAGAAGGAUGCAUUCGUGUCUGUAGAAGCGCCUGCUUGUUUCCCUUGAUGUUUUCUUCAGUCAUUUGGGCUAGUGGCAUUUCUCCAAUGUGGGACCCCAGCUGUUGUUGGACUACAACUCCCAUCAUCCCUAGCUAGCAGGGACAGCGGUCAGAAAUGAUGGGAGUUGUAGUCCAACAACAGCAGAAAACCCAAAUUAGAGAAAUACUGGUAAUGCAAGAGAGGGGAGGUUGGAGUGAAGGUCCAUGCACUGCAAGUCUCUUUACACAACCUGUUUUCUUGAGAAGCAAAUAGAGCAACCAAAAGCUUUCGGGCUGGAUUUGUUCUUAUAUGAUUUCCCGCCUGCUUAAUUUCUUCUUUUAUAUCUUAUGUCUUUCUUUGUAGCUGCUUAAACUCCUUUGGAACGUGCCCUAUACCACAGAUUUUUUUUUU